GUUUAGGUAUGAAAGCAAAUGGGAAGGUGAGGUGUGACAAUCAAAUCCAGCACAUGCAAACAAGAGCAUACAGUCAGCAACCAACAACUAGCUAGCAGACAAUCAACCAAAUGAUGAUAUCCUGAAUUUCAACAAAUUCACUCUAUUUUUCUUCCUAACUUCACAUUACACUUAUCUCUUUUCUAAGUCAUUUCCUUCUUUGGCUUUUUGCUUCUUCUCUCUUUCCUUCUCAGCUUCCUCUCUUCUUCAGGUUUUGUUAUAUAUAUCACUAAGAACUCUUUCUCUUCUUCUUCUUCUUCUGUGACUUCAAGAUCUCUCAUAUCUGGGCUUACACUAAUUUAAGUCUUAGCCAUGGGUGCUGGUGGUGAUCACAAAGAGAAGACCACUAUAAUGGUGCUCAAAGUUGAUCUUCAGUGCCCUUGCUGCUACAAGAAGACCAAGAAAAUUCUCUGCAAAAUCCCUCAAGUUAGAAACCAGUUGUAUGAUGAAAAGGCAAAUACUAUCACUAUUACUGUAGUGUGCUGCAGUCCUGAAAGGAUUCGUGACAAAUUGUGUUGUAAAGGAGGAAAAACGAUCAAGAGCAUUGAGAUCAAAGAGCCCACGAAGCCGAAGGAGCCCGACAAACCCAAAGGGACCAAAAAGCCCAAGGAUGCUGAAAAGCCGAAAGGGACCGAGAAACCCAAGGUUGUCACCUUUGAAAAGCCCAAGGACAAAGCAAAAAAUGCCGAAAAGCCCAAGGACGGUCCUACAGCUGCAAUGGUGGCAACACCGUGGAUGUCAGAGCCAAUGAUGAUGAUGCCGCCAGUCCAAGGAUACCCUCAGGCAGCACAUGGAUGUGGUUGCGGGCAAUGUUACCAUACGGGGGGGCCGUGUUAUCAGUAUUAUGGAGCGCCAGCACCGCCACAGCCCGCCCCAUAUUAUGGUAACUACUCAUAUGGUUAUGGGCCUGGGCCUGGCCCAUCUAGCUAUGGAAAGGGCUGUUAUGUGAACAAUGAUUACUUUAAUGAUGAGAAUGCUCAAGGAUGUACAAUUAUGUAAAUGUGGCCCAAUUAGUGUGGGUCACUGAAUAGGGCCUUCUUUGUGCUUUUGCAAAAUGUCCAGAACAAAGUUUUGGGCUCUACGUGGAUGUCUUUUCUCUGUAUUACUAUUGUAUUUAUUAAUUUCAAAUACGAUGUACGAGGUAUAGUUUUAUUUUAAAGAAAAAAAGUGCAGACAGAGAAUAAUACGUAGGUGACCAGAUGGCUGGUGAACUGUCUUGUUUUAUAGUAA